AUGAGGCCGAAUGAGAUCGCAAAAUCCAAGGAGUACUUUUACGAAAAAUUUUCUUUGCCUGGCGUUAUUGCCUGUGUUGACGGUACACACGUCAAAAUACUAAAGCCAGUUGUGGAUGAAUCAGUAUUUUUAAACCGAAAAGGAUACUACAGUUUGCAUACAAUGAUAGCCUGCAACUACAAUAUGGAGAUCUUAGCAAUUGAUAGCACACAUCCCGGUUCUUGUCACGAUUCCUUUAUUUGGAAAAGCAGUGAAGCCAGAGAAUAUUUUUCAAGGCUAAAUAUACCAAAUAGUUUUGUUUUGGCCGAUUCAGCUUAUACCCUGGAGAAUUUCGUAUUGACACCAUACAGGUCCCCUCAAAACGGAUCUACGCAACAUAUUUUUAACAAACGCCACGCAGCAGCUCGAAACAUUGUGGAGCGCACCAUUGGAUUACUAAAAAGCCGAUUUCGAUGUUUACAAGGCACGUUGCAGUAUAACCCCAGAUUCGUUUGCAAAUUAAUAAACGUGUGUUGUGCUUUGCACAAUAUGUGUCGCAGACGAAAUAUACAGAUCCCCGGUGAGAGCGAAAAUUCACUUGAGCCAAUAAACAUUGAAACUCAGGAUGAGGUAGAUGCAGAUGCAAUGAUUGCAGAUGGCAAUAGUUCUGCAAUAAGAGACGCCAUUGCGUCUUCAUUGAUUUAG